AUGGUCCGCGUCAAGAAGCGCGCGUCCAAGCGCCAGACCACGAAGCAGCGCGAAAAAGUCCUGAAAAAGGUGCGGGAACAUCACCGCAAGCAGAGACGAGAUGCAAAGCGCAAUCCGCAAUGGAAGUCGCGACGGCGCCAGGACCCUGGUAUUCCCAAUUCGUUCCCCUUUAAGGAGGAGCUUUUGAAUGAAAUCGAGCAGCAGCGACGCAUGCAGGAGGAGCAGCGCAUGGCUCUGAAGGAUCAAAAGAUGGAUGAGAGUGAAGAGGAGCUACCUGAAUCUGAGCCACAAGCUGAGGUUGAUGAAGAUGACGACACGGAAAUGGGAAGCCUACCUCAUGCUCCUAUGCUUCAGCGCUCGCUGCGCGACGUACUGGAAAAGCCAGAUAGCAUCAAGGCGCUUGUAUACGUCAUGGACGCUCGUGAUCCAUCGAGUUUCCACAGCUCAUGGAUUGAAUCAGAAUGCAAGAAGCGCCAGCGUUCCAUGCCGCUCAUUUAUGCCCUCGCCAAGGCUGACCUCGUGCCGGCUGAAGUGCUGACGGGCUGGGUAUACGCUUUCACUAAGGCCGGUUUCCCAACUUUUCCUAUAUCUGUUCUACCCACGGCUCAUCUCGAUCACCAGGGUGUCCACGCACUGGCCAAGCACUUGGUUUCCAAGAACAAGUCCGGCGAUGUGGCCAUAGUGGGACUGGAAAAUGUGGGCAAGACAUCGGUGGCUACCGCCCUUCAAGGUACAUUCCAAGAAAUGGAAAAGGACUUGCACGUGUACGAUACGCCAAUGCUGCUUCCUCCCACGGCGCCGUUACCUGUCCAAACUGAGGAUGAGGAUGAUGACGAAGAAGAGGAUGACGACGAAGAGGAAGAAGAAGAGGAUCUCACUGCAGAGAUUGAGCGGCGUGAGCGAUUGCGGUCUAAGCUCAUGUGGAUGUUGAUGCGCAAUCAGGGCAAUGUCCAGCGCUUUAAGGACCCUGUAAUGUUAGUGCAAACGCUCCUCUCGCGUGUGGCACACCCCGUGGACUUGAUGAUGAUAUAUGGAACACCGGCGUUCGGCUCGUUCGUACCAGAACGGGCUUCGCUUGCAGACGAUGCGCCCUUGGAAGAUGUUGUUCGCGAUCAGCACCGCCAGAGCGAUGAGAAAGCAUAUGCGGACACGGAGCAGUUCCUCAUUAGUGUCGCUCGUUCGGUUGGCCGUCUCAAGCGAAUGGGCGUGCCAGAUGUUUUGGGUGCGGCACGUAUUCUUUUGCGUGACUGGUCGCAUGCUGUUCUCGGAUACUACGCGGUGCCACACGACCGGGCAAAGCAUGUCUUGAGUCAUGGCUCGAGUCAGGAGAAGAAAAUAUGGACAUCGGUGGCCGAAUUGGUUGACCAGGUCAAGACUGUACUACCUCGGAGAGAUUGGCGACAAAAUUGGGCUUCACGAGAAUUGCGUCUCGUACCUCUCAAGGAAGCCCCUUUUGAACAGGUAGACCUUGUGUUCGCACCGGUCCCUGAAGAUGCGGACGAUGAUGAUAUCCCUGAAUUUGAAGACGAGGAGAUUGACAGCGACGAGGCCGAUGGAAUCAAGAAACCAGGAGAGGACCUUGAAGAAGAUCUUGAGGAGGACGAUGAUGAAGACGAUCUCGAUGAAGAUGAUCUCGAUGAAGACGACCUCGAUGAAAACCUCGAUGAAGACGACCUCGAUGAAGACCUCGAUGAAGACCUCGAUGAAGACCUCGAUGAAGACCUCGAUGAAGAGGACUUUGACGAUGAAGAUCUCGAUGGAGAAGAAGAUCAAGAAGACGAGGAGGAAGACGAGGAGGAAGACGAGGAGGAAGACGAGAUUGAACCAGUGGUCCAUCCUAGCAAGAAGCGCACCUCCAAGAAGCGAUCAGCUAAGCCUAUCACUCCCAAGCGGGCCGCCAAAACGACCAAGCCUUCAUCCAGAAAAGCUGCACCCAAGCCUGGUGAAGCUUACGAUAUAAAUGCGUACUUUUAG